AUUUCCUUUAGGAUGGAUUGGUUGGCUCUCCUUGCAGUCCAAGGGGCUCUCAAGAGUCUUCUCCAUUAUUUUGCUUCUUAGAUAUUUGGAUCACCGUUUUUCAUCAAGUCUCGGCUGUUUGGGGGCAUCUCUUCAGACAUUAUUCCCGCGCUUUAUUUCCUGUCUCUUGCUGGUGUCCAUGCCACGUGCGUGUCCUGCUUCGUGCUGGCUCGUCCCCCAGGCUUCUGUCCUUCACCUUUUCCCUCCAUGGCGUGAGGCUGCACACUCCCCGCUCACGUCCUCAGCUCUGCGAGUCCUGCCAGCUCGAGUCUGCUGUUGAGACGCCGUAGUGGAAUCUUGACUGUGGGUAUUGCACACUCCCGUAAUUGCUUAAUACCCAGUUGGUUCCUGCCUAUAAUUCCUGUCUUUUUAUUGGUGUUCCCACUGGGUGAGACGUUGCCAUCAUGCUCCUCCGUACCUCCUGAAGCGUAGUUCUCUCAAGCUCCUUGCACGCGUCUGUGCCGGCGGCUGUGCCUCUUUGUCACACGGUCUGGGCCUCUCAGAGGCGGCUUCUCUUGCCUGCUUUCUUCUUGCGUGUGGACCCCCUGUCCUGUUUGUCUGUGUGUCUGGUCAUUUUUUGUUGAAACUUGGGCGUUUCCGGUAAUGCGUUAUGGCCACUGCAGGCGCCGCAGCCGCCCUUCUCUGGGGCCAGGUUUUGCUUGUGUAUCUUAUGGAUUAUUUUCAGGAAGUCUGUUGCCACUCCUCAGAGGUGUGGCCUUGGGUCUGUGCAGCCACCCUGGGGUGACGGGUUCACCGGCCGUCUGUGUUACACUGUCUGGCCCUCUCAGCGUCGUGCCCGGGUGUUACGCUCCUCUGAUUGCGGGUCGGAUGCUCUGCUUUGCUGACGGUGCCCUGGGGUGUAAAUUGUUCUGUGCUGUUGUUCGGUUGCUCUGACUCUGUGACCCACGGGCUGCAGCUCGCCAGGCUUCCCUGUCCUUCACCAUCUCCCAGAGCUUGCUCAAACUCGCGUCCGUUGAGUCAGUGAUGCCGUCCGGCCAUGUCGUCCUCCGUGGGCCCCUUCUCCUCCUGCCCGCAUCUUUCCAGUGGGUCAGUUAUUCAUGCCAGGCAGCCGCCAGGCGGGGCCCUCUGCAGCGGUCGUCACUGAGCAGAUCUGCGGUUUUUUCUUACCCUGGCAGGGUCGUUCUCCAACAUCUCCUCCUGGCUCUCUGCUGACCGGUGGCUCACAGUUUAGCCUGCUGCCAGGAGGAGCCACCGGCAUCCUCUGACUCGGCCGCCGCCGUCUCCACUGUCUCAGCUGUGCCUGAGUGUGAACCGCCCCACAGUCCAUGCCAGAGGGUCAGUUUCUUAGGGUGGAGCUCGGCGCUCUCUAAGCUUGCAGUUUCCCCCUUGCCCCGAGCGGCCUCUGAGACCUCGAUCCGGAGCUGGCGUGCGGACCCGCUUCCCUUGGGACAGCCUGCUUUAUGAGCAGCUCUGGUAGGGCGUAGCCUCUGGCCUCCUUGGCUUGCCUCUCCCAGCCCGGAGCCCUGCCCUGCGGGUGGGCUGGGCAGCGUGAUCAGGGCCCUGCUGUUUUCGCCUGGCACAGACACUCUGAGCUGUGAAUGAGGUGGUGCGGGACGGGAGCUUUCCCUUGCUGCCGCACUCACCAGUAGCACAGCCUCUGCCUCUCGGACCUGAGCGGUAGGAGUGGCAGCCUCGGGGCGGCUGGGACCCCGCAGAGCAGGGCGCCUCGUCUCCGCGGCCGCGGCCACCUGCAGCUGCGCCCCUGUCACGCUCGGGGGCGGCAGACGGGUCCCUGAGGCUGCCCGCUCCCACUGACGUCUAGUGGAUUCUCCUGAAUACGCGUUGCCUCAUUUGCUGUGUGCCCUCAACUUCCAGAGACUUCAGUGGCCCUUUUUAAUCACCUUUCACCAGCCGUGGACAUCUGCCAGGGGCAGACGGGCCAAGACCCUCGCGCCUCUGUCCUGGAGCCGGAGCCCCUCGGCUUCCCCUCGAGGGCUGAGGUCGCCGAAGGGCCGGAGUCCUGCUGACGGUGGGCUCUGAUCGACCUCGGUGGCGGCAGGUGGAGAACUCCCAGGAGGUGACUGAGAACUUCCCCUGGAAGGUCUUGCCGGUCAGGAGAUCAGCUGAGGGGGACUGGAAAGAGGAGCCCGCUCCAUGCAGAGCACUGUGGAGACUUAGCGGUUAACUGGGUGGAUGGAGAGUAGGCGUGGGGCAGGAAGAGCCUGCAGGAGGGGGUCUGACACUCUCCGUAGUCACGGACGAGCUCCUGGGGACGCCCCGCUGCUGGCCCCCUGUCCGCGUGGCAGGGCCCAGGGCUUUGUGUGCAGGCAGCUGGCGAACGGUGACAGUGGGGGCAUCUGCCUCCCCGCCCGGCGGGCAGGGGGGUGCCCUGCUCAUCGCUGCAUGUUGCGUUUGGGAAACAGUGGAUGAGCCAUCCUAGGUGUGUGACAGGUAAAUGGUUUAAUGACUGUUGAGAGAAAACGGGAGAGGGCUUGUGGACCCAGGAGGGUUGAUGUGGGGCGCGCUCUGCGCGAGGCGUUCCAAGACCACGCAGCUGGAGAAAUGCUGCUUAUGUUGAGUUCCAAAACAGAGGUUUGAGCGAAAGGUACAGAUUCGGAAGUGAGACAGCGGGUUGUGAAAGAAGAGAGGAGGCGGGUGGAGGUCGUUCUGGGAAGGCUCCCCGAGAACAGGAGAAAACGUGGCCCGGGGCGCGCAUCCCUGAAGGGCACGUUUGAGCGUCCCCAGUGCUUUGCCCACACCCCAUAGCUGCGUCUGGUCUGUGCAAGAGGAGAAUGCAGGUGCAUUUUCAUUGCAGGUUAAAGAACUCUUUUCUUCUCUUGGAGUUGACUGUAACAUCUUGGAACUUGAUCAAGUUGAUGAGGGGGCCAGUGUCCAGGAGGUUCUAUCGGAGAUGACCAACCAGAGGACUGUGCCCAGCAUCUUUGUGAAUAGAGUGCACGUGGGCGGUUGUGACCACACUUUCCAGGCACAUCAGAGUGGUUUAUUACAGCAGCUCCUCCAGCAGGACCUGGCGUAUGACUACGACCUCAUCGUCAUCGGCGGGGGCUCCGGGGGCCUCUCGUGCGCUCAGGAAGCCGCCGUCCUGGGGAGGAAGGUCAUGGUGCUGGACUUCGUGGUCCCAUCCCCCCGUGGCACGGCCUGGGGUCUCGGGGGCACGUGUGUGAAUGUUGGCUGUAUCCCGAAGAAGCUGAUGCACCAGGCCGCACUGCUAGGGCAGGCGCUGACCGACUCCAGGAAGUUCGGCUGGGAGUACAGUCAGCAAGUGAGGCACAGCUGGGCCACUAUGACGGAGGCCAUCCAGAGCCACGUCGGCUCGCUGAGCUGGGGCCGCCGGCUGGCCCUGCGGGAGAACGCAGUGACCUACGUCAACUCCUACGGGGAGUUUGUUGAGCACCACAAAGUCAAGGCAACCAAUGAGAAAGGACAGGAGGCGCUUUACACUGCUGCGAAGUUUGUCAUCGCGACAGGACAGAGGCCACGCUACUUGGGAAUCCCGGGAGACAGAGAGUACUGUAUCACGAGCGACGACCUGUUCUCGCUGCCCUACUGCCCGGGCACGACCCUGGUGGUGGGCGCGUCCUACGUGGCGCUGGAGUGUGCAGGCUUCCUGGCCGGCCUGGGCCUGGAGGUCACGGUCAUGGUGCGCUCGGUGCUGCUGCGGGGCUUCGACCAGGAGAUGGCCGAGAAGGUGGGCGCCUCCAUGCAGCAGCUCGGCGUGCGCUUCCUGCGCAAGUUCGUGCCCGUGGAGGUCCAGCAGCUGGAGAAGGGCCUGCCCGGGAGGCUGAAGGUCGUGGCUAAAUCCACGGACGGGACAGAGACAAUGGAGGGCGUUUACAACACGGUUUUGUUAGCAAUUGGUCGUGACUCCUGCACGAAGAAGUUAGGGCUGGAGAAGAUUGGUGUGAACAUCAGUGAGAAGACGGGCAAGAUCCCAGUAAACGGCGAGGAGCAGACCAGUGUGCCCUAUGUCUACGCUGUCGGGGACGUCCUGGAGGGCAAGCCGCAGCUCACCCCAGUCGCUGUGCGGGCGGGCAAGCUGCUGGCGCGAAGGCUUUUUGGGGGCCGAUCAGAGAAGUGUGACUACGUCAACGUCCCCACCGUGGUGUUCACGCCCUUGGAGUACGGCUGCUGUGGGUACUCAGAGGAGAAGGCUGGCGAGGUGUGCCAGGCGGAGAAUCUGGGUGUCUACCACACCCUGUUCUGGCCUCUCGAGUGGACAGUGGCCUGCAGAGACAACAAUACUUGCUACGCGAAGAUAAUCUGCAAUAAACUGGACAACAUUGUCACCUUCUUGCUGGUGGAGGCCCUGGCCUCAGUGCUGGGGCUGCCGACUGAUCAGGGCGGAGGUGGCUGAAGGCUGGGGUGGCUGCAGCUGUUCGUCAAAGCAAGAUGUCCAGGGCGCUGGCCGCUUGGAAGGGCCCUUCUGUCAUGAGUGGUCCCCGGAGCAGGCAGUGCUGCCUGAAAGCGCCUCGCCCACAGUGGCACUGCCACCCUGCCGUCCUUUAUCCACCAAGCGUGAGCCGUGUCCCGAGUCCUGGUUGUCAUCGUGGCUGCGGUCACGGCCUCUUGCAGGAGUGGCUCCAUCUCGGGAACCGCUGUCUGUGCUUGUCCAUCGGGAGCAGCUCCUCCUGUGAUUGGUCCAUCCUCAGGUGGCGGCAGCUCAGCCCCGUCCUCAGGACCCACUUCUGAGCCCCGUCCUCCUGUGGCUUCCACCACGUCCCCCUUCCUUCCUCCAGGAAGUCCUGGGGCCCUCACUGUCAUCCACAGAGGCUGGAGUCAGGUUCUUCCAAACGCCUCUCGGGUUUCUGUUCUGACCUCAUCCCACGAGCCGCGACGCUAUGGCAUCUGGGACGGGACUCCUCUCCAGAGGCCUUCGGUCCACUCUGCCCGGAUCCGCCAGAGGACUCACUGUCUGUGGCAGCUGCAGCCUAGCAGAAUGGAUUUGUCCAAUAAUGAGACUUGGAAGUCAAGAUUGCUUCUUGGCUGCUGGACAACAGAGGGUGUUGUGUUAGCUGAUGUGAGAGCAACAUCCGUCACGUUGUACGUCUCCAUCAGAGCUCUGGGGUGGUCAGGGGCAUGUCAUUUGGAAAGGGCACUCUUAUUUGGAAAGGAAUCUUUUCUUCUGAGCAGUCGGUCUCAACAGUAGGCUUAAAAUAUUCCGUAAACCAUGUUGUAAGCAGAUGCUGUCCAGGCUUUGUUGAGUACAAAGCAGAGUCGAUUCAGCUUAAUUCUUGAAGGCCCUGGGGUUUGGGGGAUGGCAGGUCAGCGCCGGGUCCACUGUGUCAGCGCCCAACAUGAGAGCAGCCUGUCCUUUGAGGCUGCGAAGCCAGGCUCUGACUCCUCUCUCGCUGUGAAAGGACUGCGUGCGUGCUCAGCCACUUCAGUCGCGUCCGGCUCUCUGUGACCCCAUAGACUGCACCCGCCAGGCUCCUCUGUCC